AUGACCCAAUCCAAGUUCACUUUGGAUUGUACCCAUCCAGUACAAGAUGGAGUUAUGGACACUGGCAACUUUGAACAAUUCUUGGAAGAACGGAUCAAAGUCAACAGCAAAGCUGGGAACUUCGGCCGAGGAGCGGUGACCAUUGACAGGAGUAAAAGUAAAAUCACGGUGACCUCCAAGGUCCAGUUUUCCAAGGGAUAUCUGACCAAGAAAGACCUGAAGAAGAACAACCUGUGCAGCAGGACAGCACCUGAAGAAGUCAGGACCGGAAGCAAUGGAUCAUUAGAAAAUCAUCUGAAGAUCUUCAGAAGUUCAUUGGAAGAUCUUCUGAAGAUCAUUGGAAGAUCUAGAAGAUCUUUGGAAAAUCAUCUGAAGAUCUUCAGUGGAUCAUUGGAAAAUCAUCUGAAGAUCUUUGGAAGAUCAUUGGAAAAUCAUCUGAAGAUCUUCCGAAGAUCUUUGGAAGUUCAUUGGAAGACCAUCUGA